AUGCCUAAGCUUGUUUUGGUUAGACACGGCCAGAGUGAAUGGAACGAGAAGAACCUCUUCACCGGAUGGGUGGAUGUGCCCCUCUCCGAAGUGGGCAGAAAGGAGGCCAUCAGAGGCGGUGAGCUCUUGAAGGAAAAAAACAUUGUCGUUGAUAUCUUGUACACCUCCAAGUUGAAGAGAGCCAUCCAGACAGCCAACUUGGCCUUGGAGGCUGCCGACCAGCUCUACGUGCCUGUCAAGAGAUCGUGGAGAUUGAACGAGAGACACUAUGGUGCUCUUCAGGGCAAGGACAAGGCCCAGACGUUGGAGACGUACGGUAAGGAGAAGUUCCAGACCUGGAGACGUUCUUUUGACGUUCCUCCUCCAGUGAUUGAGGACUCCUCGGAGUACUCUCAGGUGGGCGACAUCAGAUACCGUGACAUUGACCCAGCGGUGAUUCCCAAGACGGAGUCGUUGAAGUUGGUGAUUGACAGAUUGUUGCCUUACUACCAGGACGAGAUUGCCGGAGACUUGUUGGCAGGCAAGACUGUUCUCAUUGCUGCCCACGGCAACUCCUUGAGAGGGUUGGUGAAGCACUUGGACAAGAUCUCUGAUGAGGACAUUGCUGGCUUGAACAUCCCAACGGGUAUCCCAUUGGUGUACGAGUUGGACGACAAGUUGCAGCCAACCAAGCCUGCCUACUACUUGGACCCUGAGGCUGCUGCCGCCGGUGCUGCUGCCGUUGCUGCCCAGGGCACCAAGAAAUAA